AUGAGAGAAAAGAUAUAUAAGGAAAGAAUACAGCCAAAGAGCCGCAGGAAGUAUGGGAAACUUGAGAAAAAGAAGGAGUUGGUGAAGAGGCUUUCAAAGAUCAAUAAACAAAGAGAUGAGAUUAAAAAAGCCAGAGAGGAGAUAAGAAACAAAAGUGGACAGGAGUACUUCUUUGGGUACCAUUCUGUAAGGAAAGAUGGACGCAGCGUGUACAGGGUUGACAAGCCUACUCUUGAAGAGCUUGGAAAGAUAAAGGCCUAUAUCGACAAUGAGAUUCAGAGAUCAAAGAUGAAGUUAGAGAAGUACAUUCCCAUACCAAGUGGAACGCAUAUCAGAUUCGAAGAAGACGGUUCGGAGAAGGAUACAGAGAUAGUCUUUGGGAAGAAUGAAGAAGUUAGAAAGGAGUUUGAAAGAUACAUGGAAGAAUUAUUUAUGAAGAGAAAGGAAGUUCUAGAGAAGAUUGACAAACUGAAAGAUCAAAUGGCCUAA